CCAUCAACAUUCGCUGCGUUGCAGAUCUUAGGCUAGCAAAGUCUCAGUUGUCUGAGUUGCAUCCGCACCUGCAGCCAUGACGACCAAGACUGCGUUCCUUGUGGUGGCAGCAUUUGCUGUGGUCCUCGCAGCAUGGAGCCCAGUGGCUGCGCAGUCCCCACCACCAGCACCGCCGACGACGCCAGUUAUCACAGUCAACAAUCUUAGCACCGUCCAAGUUCUGAUCUUCCAGAUUUUGAACGGCAGAUUGAACCUGCUGUCCACAGUCCCUGCCAACGCUGGACAGUUCGUUAUCCGAAACUUUCAGGCCGUCGACGGCCAAGUAGACAUGCUGAUGCAGAGCACGGCUCUAGGGGUCACAUCGCAAGUGGGACGAGUGCUCACUGUUUCGAAUGUCACCAACAUUGUCAUCCGCACGAACUCAGCCGGAACUGGUCUUGUUGCCACCAUCACAGGCUUGCUGAACGGUCCAGUUUCAGUAGUACUGAACCUCGUCUUCACCACUGUUGUCGGGGCUCUUCUUUCAAUUCUCUCUCCAUAGAGGUGAUCAAUACCGGGACAGAAUACAAGGGAGAUGCUGGACGAGCACGUGAACGCUUACACAAUCGGUUAAGUUUAGUGAUAAGUGUUCGUCAGGAAAGCUUUGGGAGACUUGAACCUCCUUUUGUCAAUGAUAUGUGAUGUACUCCAUGUCAUGAUAACGGGAAUAAUCACGAGAUGUAACUAUUAAUGCUCUGCCACCGAGCAAAUAUGAUAAAUGACAACCGCGUCUGAGUGCAAAAUCCUCUGAUCUCUUUCGGAUGGAAAACUUUUAACCCCAAGUGGUCAACGGUAUUUCGUACUCUUGGCCUGUACAUAUUUUAAUAGUCAGUAAAAUCCACUUUAUUGAAUAUGAGUU